AUGGAGAUGAAGCUGCUUCUUACAGUAUCGAUCAUCUUGAAUCUUGCAUUCACCAUCCAUGUUAUUUAUAGAAACUCAACCACAUGGAAUCCGACUUGGACCAGUAGAGCAGCUACAGAAGCAGAGGAUGCAGCCUCUGUUUCAUGCUCAGGCCAUGGCAGAGCUUACGUGGACGGUAUUGGGGUCCUUGACGGCAAGGAACCUCCUUGUGAAUGCAACAAUUGCUAUACAGGCAAAGAUUGCUCUGUCUUUCUCUCAGAUUGUCCUGUGAACGCUAACUCAGGAGACCCAUUGUUCUUAGAGCCUUUCUGGAUGCAACAAGCAGAGGGUAGCGCGGCUCUGGUCUCAGGAUGGCAUAGGAUGAGUUAUAUCUAUCAAGAUGGGACAUAUAUCUCGGAAGAGCUUGUGAAAGUGAUUAGGAAACUGCACAGUGUGGUGGGAAACGCUGUUACAGAUAACAGAUUUGUAAUAUUUGGAACUGGAAGCACACAAUUGCUUGCAGCAGCUGUUCAUGCCUUGUCUUUGAGAAACUCGUCAUCAUCAACACCAGCAAGGCUUUUGACCUCUGUUCCAUUUUACAAUCUGUACAAAGACCAAGCGGAGUUCUUUGAUUCAUCACAUCUCAAGUUUGAAGGAGAUGCGUUUGCGUGGAAGAAUAGCGAGCGCAAUGAUAAUACCAAACAAGUAAUAGAGAUAGUGACAUCUCCAAAUAAUCCAGAUGGCAAGCCGAAAACAGCUGUUCUUGAAGGUCCUAAUGUCAAAACAAUCCAUGAUUACGCCUAUUACUGGCCGUAUUUCUCCCCUAUAACUGUUCCAGCUGAUGAAGAUCUGAGCUUGUUUAGUCUCUCCAAGACUACAGGUCAUGCUGGCUCAAGAUUCGGAUGGGGACUGGUAAAAGACAAAGCUGUAUAUGAAGAAAUGAAACGAUAUAUAACUUUAAGUAGUAUGGGAGUUUCUAAGACAACACAGCUUCAUGUUCUUCAACUGCUCAAGGUUGUAGUUAGGGAUGGAGGUGAUAAUAUAUUCCAUUUUGGUCAUGAAACUUUGAAGAAAAGAUGGGAGGCAUUGCACAAGGUCUUCUCCAUGUCUACCCGUUUCUUGCUCCAGAAAAUUAAACCUGAGUACUGCAACUAUUUUAAGAAAGUCAGAGACUUUACUCCUUCUUAUGCAUGGGUGAAGUGUGAAAGACCAGAAGACACAAACUGCUAUGAAAUAUUCAAAGCGGCCAAGAUAACGGGACGCGAUGGCAAAGUGUUCGGAUCUGAGGAAAGGUUUGUGAGACUGAGUCUAAUCAGAUCACAAGAUGACUUUGAUCAUCUUAUUGAUAUGUUGAAGAAGUUAGUCUCCCAAAAAGCUGUAGAAGCUCAUUCUGAUACGUUUUGA